UGACCCCCCUCUCCGCCAGACUGCAUGCAGUUUGGUAUUAAAAUGUUUCAGUACCAUCAACCAUUGUGAUGGUAUUUGAGAUGAUACAUCCAUGUUGAGCUUUUUUUCUUUAAUGUAUAAAACGUCGCAUCAACGAGAGGGACCGACGGAAAACCGGUGAACAACGUCACAGCUUGUUGUGUUUUUUUCCCCCCCGGUUGUAUCCUAAAAGUGCCGAGAUACUGAAAGCAAAACAAGCUAGCCGACGAUAGUCAGGUCGGACGGACGGCGACGAGGCCCCAAGUCGGACGGUAACACGGGGGAAACCAUGGCCAACAUCGCAGUUCAGAGGAUCAAACGGGAAUUCAAGGAGGUGAUUAAAAGCGAAGAGACAAGCAAAAACCAGAUAACGGUGGAUUUGGUGGAUGAGAACUUCACAGAACUCAAAGGGGAGAUCGCAGGUCCGCCUGACACGCCAUAUGAAGGCGGUAAAUAUCAACUAGAAAUUAAAAUUCCAGAGACGUAUCCAUUCAAUCCACCCAAGGUGCGGUUUAUCACAAAGAUCUGGCAUCCCAACAUAAGCUCAGUCACAGGUGCGAUAUGCCUGGACAUUCUCAAAGACCAGUGGGCGGCAGCGAUGACACUGAGGACGGUCCUCUUGUCACUACAAGCCUUAUUGGCAGCUGCAGAACCAGAUGAUCCACAAGACGCUGUGGUAGCCAAUCAGUACAAGCAGAACCCCGAGAUGUUCAAACAGACAGCGAGGCUCUGGUCUCAUGUUUACGCAGGCGCUCCUGUCUCCAGUCCGGAGUACACACGUAAAAUAGACAAACUCUGUUCCAUGGGCUUUGAAAAAAAUGCAGUAAUAGUGGCGUUGUCGUCAAAAUCCUGGGACGUGGAGACAGCAACAGAGCUACUGCUCAGUAACUGAAUCUUGACUCGGUCUUCAUCUUUCUCUUGAUCUCCCCCCCCCCCCCCCCCCCUCCCCCCCAUCACAGAUACACACCCUCUGUCCUCCAAAUUUCCUGCAAUUUCAAGUCGACUUAUCCUCUUCUCACCUCCACAAUUACCCCACCCCUGUUCCCUCCAUCCCCUCUGUGUGGCAUCUCUCCUCCCUGCAUCAUCUCUGCUGUACCACACUCUGUGUACCAUACAAUCUGUUGCUCUGUGAGCUCUUAUCUUUGGUUUCUUUUGGUUCAUUCAACAUUCCACUCAGUGCUACAAUCAGGUGUUUCACACACAUCUUGCCCCCAUUUAAAGCGAAUUCCAGACUUUAGACCCCGCCCACACUAGCCAGCCCCCCUAGCUUUUGGGCUGCGUGCUAGAAACGGCUGUCAGUGACUUAUCCUUGCCUAUGCAGUGCAUUAACUUUUCAUUUCUGAAAACUUCAGCAGGGGAGAGUAAAGCCAUUCUUGGAGGCUCUUUUGGACUUGGUCGUGAUUUUAACACACUUUUUGGCUUGUUUUCUGAACAGAGUUUGAGCCAAGUCCUUGGCAAAGAACAUUAUUUUCUUUGUGUCUCCAGCUAUCUUUUCUUCUAAUUUAUAAAUAACAAACCAUAAAAAGUAAAAUGAGCUGUGAAGAAAUAUUUUAGGAAGCGUUGAGUCCUUUUUGUUAUUCCCUUGCGGGGGUUUUUGGGGCGGAUAAAGGAGUGCAUUCAUUGCACAGUUUCAUUCAGACACAGAUUAAGAUGAGGCUCAUUCCCAGUUCUGGAAACCAGCUCAUAAAGUGUCCCCAAGGUGUUCACACAGAACACAUGCAGAUUUUUUGUUGGGCCAUUCCCCCACAUUAACUGUCAGAUGACCACAAAGCUCUUGCAGCAAACUCCAGCGCCCAUCCCCUCACCUUUUCUUCACACAGUUCUUUCAUCUGUCCCUUUCCUCAUAUUUAGAAAACAAAUAUUUGUUUUGGCCUCCUGCAGGAAUAAAUCUCGAUUCUUGUUUUUAAACAGAGAGAAAACAAAACAAAACAACCAUGUCAGCAGUAACACAACCUGUCAUAUAAGUCUGGAUGGAAAUAGUUCAUAACAAGUUUGAAAAAUAUUGCAGCAUCUUAAUGAUGCCAAUGGACAAAUAUGUCAAAAUGAUUCAUCUGUAAAUAAAGAUAUUAAAGUCUGUGUAAAUUAAAACUAUCUCUCCUUUCUGUGA